AUGACUGGCUACUACAUGCACAUGACUGGCUACUACAUGCACAUGACUGGCCACCACAUGCAUAUCACUAGCCACUUCAUGCACAUGACUGACCACCACCUGCAUACCACUGGCUACUACAUGCAUAUGACCGGCUACUACAUGCAUAUGACUGGCUACUUCAUGCAUAUGACUGGUUACUACAUGCACAUGACUGGCCACCACAUGCAUAUGACUGGCCACUUCAUGCACAUGACUGACCACCACCUGCAUACCACCGGCUACUACAUGCAUAUGACUGGCUACUACAUGCAUAAGACUGGCCUCCACCUGCAUAUGACUGGCUACUACAUGCACAUGACUGGCUACUACAUGCACAUGACCGGCUACUACAUGCAUAUGACUGGCUACUACAUGCAUAUGACUGGCCACCACCUGCAGAUGACUGGCUACUACAUGCAGAUGACCGGCUACUACAUGCAGAUGACCGGCUACUACAUGCAGAUGACCGGCUACUACAUGCAGAUGACCGGCUACUACAUGCAUAUGACUGGCCACUACAUGCAGAUGACCGGCUACUACAUGCAGAUGACCGGCUACUACAUGCAGAUGACUGGCUACUACAUGCAGAUGACCGGCUACUACAUGCAGAUGACCGGCUACUACAUGCAGAUGACCGGCUACUACAUGCAGAUGACUGGCUACUACAUGCAUAUGACUGGCCACUACAUGCAGAUGACUGGCUACUACAUGCAUAUGACUGGCCACUACAUGCAGAUGACCGGCUACUACAUGCAGAUGACUGGCUACUACAUGCAGAUGACCGGCUACUACAUGCAGAUGACUGGCUACUACAUGCAGAUGACCGGCUACUCGUAUAAUGAGAGUGAACAGUCUUUCAGUUAG